GCACACCCAGUUGCCUUGGCAAGCCUGUCGCUGUUUCUAAUUUUGUUAGCCAUUUCCAGUUGUUUUUGUGCGCGUUCUACGCUUCAUUUUUGUACAAUCGACAAUGAAGUCUUAAUUCAAAGUCCGAUUACCAAUUCAACGACGACAGCGACUCUAUACUCGCUCUCAUUUUCGCACCGACACUCCACUGUUGUCGCAGUCUCCACAUCCCUGUUACUGAGUGACAGUCAACUGCUCCCUGGUGCGCAACAAUAUUUUAGUAUUCUGUAAUUGUUUACUGCACACUGCCUACCAACAACAGCAAGCUCCUCAAAUUGUUGCCUGGUUAACAACAGAGAGAACAAAUACUGCUGGUGCCCAGUGAAAGCGACAGAAACAGCAACAGAAACGGUCCUUAAGUGUUGUUACACGAUAGCGAGAAAAUUUUCUCAUUUUCGCGAUGGUGUGACUUUCUGUGUGUAUUAAGAUGAACACAAGCGAACAAGAAAAAAAAAACAAUAAAAACAAAUUAAAGUUUGCAAAAUAAUUGCGUGUGUUUUCGCGUAAGUGCUACUACUUAUGUUGUCAUCUAUUUGCACAACACCAAAUCUGUCUGUGGCACACACAUCAACUUUUUAAUGGCCGAGUAGAUAGCGUUGCAAUAAAUAUUUUAUUCAGUUAACGUCAUAAACACAACAACAACUCUGGCAAAGGCUAAGCACAAAGGCAAGCAGCUCGUUCGACGACGACCAAAAGUAUGCAGCGAAAAAUUGCAUUUUCUGUCAAGGACAAAACAAAACUUUCUGCCAUGUAGCGACUGGCGUUUAUCUUGCCUGUGUGUGUGCGUGUGGGCGUGCGUGUGUAUGUGUGUUUUCAAGCAAAGCGCCACCAAAACCCUUAAGACAAAAAAGUAUCUCAAACAAUCAAGCAGCGAAAAUACCGAAGAAAAACAAAACAGAAUAACAAAUCACACAACCAACCACGGAGGCUGCAGCUACACAACAACCCCAGACAAGCAAGCCACCCCAAUCGACAUUUGGCGCCAGUCGGACAACUGUGUGGCCACCAUGUGGUUUCAUGCUUCAACGAUGCUCCGAUUAGUUCCAAUGUUUUUCAUUCUACUAUGGCUGCCCGUUCAAGUCACGGCUCGCUUCUGCGAGGGCGGGCACAUAUGUUCGCUGCCACGCGAAUGCUGCACCCAGGGUUGUUGUCCACCAUAUCAAAGUGGACCGCGACAGCUGCCUCCACCGUCGGAACAUGUACUGAACUUAUUCUUUAUCAGCCAUUGGUUCUUUUGGUGCGUCGUGGUGGCCGUCAUUUUAGCCAUACUUUGUGCCUACUCGUUGUGGAAAAAGCGACGUACACUCUGCGGCUGGGGCUUUACGGAGCAUCACACACAAUCCGAGGGAGAUUCGGCCGGCUCCUGCUAUGCACCGCCGCAAUAUAGUCGCUGCAAUUCAUUUCAUCACCCUCCCCCGCCGUACACGGAGGUGGCAUCGAAACCGGAUCUAUACCCGCUCGUGUUUACAUGCAACAACGAAAAUAGCAAGGGAAAUGCCGGCUCCAGCUAUUUGAUGGUGCAAUAUUUUCGCAACUACAUUGUGCGUCCAACGGGCUCACUGAGUGCCGCCAGCACUGUUGACUCGCUUAGCUCCAGCUUCAUUUGCAAUAUCAAUGAGGCCAACACAUUGGUGCCGCCACCCUACUCACGAGCAGCCAGCCCAGAGCUAAGCCUACAUUACGGUGCAAACAGAGAGCCUCCACCCAACUCGCAAUUAGCAGCGCCGCAAUACGGCUUACCAAGGUCCGCAUCCCAGCUGGUAGAGCCAGAAUAUCAGCCACGAGCCCAUUAUGCUACCGUUGCAGUGGACAGAAAUACUGGACUUGGGGCUGGCACAGCGCAUUAUAGUACACGUUUACAUAACUCGCACAGCGGACACUUCUCGCCGGGUGAGUCGUCCGUUGACUCGGCUGGCCUUAUGCAUACCGGUGGUGGUGGAGGAGGCUUCCUGCAGUCGCAGAGCGAUCAACAUUUCCGCUACAUGGUAAACAGCCGCAGUAGCCUCAGUGAUAUAUUUGUGAAUAACAGCUGUGCGGCGGGCUUGGGAGUGACUGGACCAGAUGUGGGUGGAGCUGCAAGUGGAGGGGCCACACAGACAUCUUCAUUGUGCAGCCUGGCAUUAGCAGCCGGGGGCACACCAGCCAUUUACAACAAUGCUUGCAUACAGUCCAAUCCGCUGCACAGUUUAGAAAACUGCUGCCAGUUAGUGUCAGCGGAGGAAGCGGCUGCAGCGGUAACAGCGCCCACAACAGCCAGCACAGUGUCUGGAGUAAGUAGCCUCUCAAAUAUUGGCACGCCUGGCUCUCCCCCUCAAGCUACUAGCCCAACCGGCGAGGUGCGCGAAAUACUCGACCAAAUAAGUAAGCUACAAGCGGACGUCAGCUACGAACAGCUGCUGCUUACCGGUGGUGCUAAGCCACGUUUGCAGCACACGCUGUCCAGGCCAAUAACACGACCCGCCACAUUGCAACAUACGGCAUCAACACCGAUGUCAACAACGCCGACAUCAGCGACUCCCAGUAAAGGAAAAAAGUUCUAUGCGUCGAAGCCGCCCAACAAGGCGUUAUAUAUACCAAUGGCCGUAAUGGCACCACCGCCUGCCCAACGCUGUGUGCUCAAGAGCCCCAUUAGUAGCGUUGUCAGCGGUGCUAACUUUUUUGUUAACCGCGGACGGGUGGCCCGUAAGGGCUGGAUAUCUCGCUCGGCACCAACAACGCCAGGCAGCGGACUCCCGCCCAAUCGAUUAGGUGAUGACAGCCCAUUAUUGAAUGAGCACGAUGAGGAUACCAUCGACGAAUCUGGGCACGGGGAGCAACUGGAAUAAUACACGCCGCCCCCACAAAACGGCAGAGAUAGUUCAAACACCUAUAGAUGUAAGCUUUUAAUCAAACUGCAGCUUAGUAGGUCAUCCUUAGAUCGCCUGAAAUCAAAGUGCCAAAAAAUACCAAAAAAAAAAAAAAAAAAAAUUAAAUUACAAAAACAUCUUAGAUUUUAGGCUUGCUCUGAAUAUUAUUGAUUUUCAGAGGUUGUGUCUUCGAAGCACUUGUUAAUCUCAACUUCAUCUAAGUAUAAACCAAAAAUUUGAAAUAAAGUCGCUUUUAUUCGUAUUUUUGCCUAUGAAAUUCUUAUAUUGAUCUCACUCUCUUCACUACAAAAUGUCUCAAUUUGUAUGUUUUGUAGCUUAAACUUAUUGUUUUGGAGUGGCCAUGUUAUGUUAUAGGAAUUACUAACCACAUCGCGAAAUCACCGACGCUGUCGUCAUUUCCAAAAACGCGCUCACAAUCUUUUAGGCUCGGGGAUUUUAAUUGCAACGUUCUUACUUGUUUUUUUUUUUUCUUUUUGGUGUUUUCUGGCAAAUUGACUAAUAUAAAUACACAACUAAAAAUGGUUUAUAAAUCGAUUUGUUCGUACGUACUAUUCUACAUAAUUAGGUAGACAAUUAAAAAAAAAAUAAAAAUAAUAGUUGGCUAAUACUUGUAACUAAGCAGGCCGACCGUGUUCCUAUUGCACAAAAAGCAUACAGCAACAGCUAUAACAACAAUGUAUCAUUGAUGAAAUUAUGUAAUAUGUAUGUACAUAUGGAUGUAUCGAUUAAGAUUCGUUCUGCAAGUAAAGGACUAAACAAUUUUUGUGUGCUUCAAACUACAUUGUAAAUGUUUCAAGUUUAAUUGUAAAUCUAUGGUAUAAGGGAAUUAAAAAGGAAAAGCAAAUGUGUUCUAGUCGGGUGCACUCGAGUAGGAGAUAUUCUGAACCACUGGCCGAGCUUUGUAUCUUUACACAGCUUCCAGCUUUAUCCCAUACACACUUACACAGUAACACACAUACAAACACACACACACACACCGAUGCUCGGCGCUUACUGCACUGCAUAUAUGCAAAAUCCAUAUGUUUCAUACAAGUGUUCUUGAAGAGCAAAAUUGUUUAUUGCCGUAUCUUAAUGAAAUUCAGCGUCUACAUAGAACUUUCAAGCAAGUAAGUGAGCUUUAGUCGGGAGUGUCCUACUUGAAGAUUCCCUAAAAGCAGAGCUCCCGUCACAAGCAUUCUUGCUUCUUACUGUGCAGUAUACUUCUUUUUUCUUUCCUUACCACCACAGUACAGUAUUGUCCGAUCUUUAGGGCAUGAGUAUGCCAUAUAAAUGCGUGCAAGUACAAAGACUUUACAUCUUUAUAUAGGGAGAUGCCUAAAAACACAAACAUUCUGCGUAUACCAUACCGAUCGACAUUCCGAAUGUGGUGGCUAAGCUUAAACAAAAAACAAGAUUUCGAUAUGGAUUCUUAUCGAUUUCAGGUCGGGCAGCAUGGACACAACGACGACCUAUGAUCAAAUUUUGAAAUAUCCAGCUCCAGGACGGACGGACAGACAUAGGGACUUGGCUAGAUCAAUUGGUGUUGACAAUGGAUAUAUAUACUCUAUGUGGUUGAAGAUGCUUCCUCCUGCCUGUUAAACUCGUUCUGUGUGUGGUUCAAAUGUUUCAAAUGUCAAGCAUCUGCUUUUAGUAGUUUCCAGUAUCGACGCUUUCAUACAGUUAAACAGACUGCGGAGAUGGGCAGGUCGACUUGGCCCGCUUGGCCUCAAACAAAUUUUUAAAUAUCGUUUUUCACAGUUUUCGAAAAAUGCAUUCCUCCUUCGUGGUAAUGGGGGUCAAAGAUUUGGUGGGUGACGUUUCGCGCUCAAGUUCAACUUAUUUUCAAAGCUCUACAUAAAAACAUAAAGAAUGCGUGUAUCAGCGUUUUGGGAAAUUCGAAAAAAAUAAGUGAGAAAAAAACAUUUGGGGGAAGUGCGGGUUAACGAUUUGGUGGGUGACGUUUUGCGCUCAAAUUCGUUUUCAAAUAUCUAGAUUUAUUAACAAUAUUUAAUCGAUGUGCAGUUCAGAAAAUAUAUAAGACAAAAUCACACUGACUCAGAACUAUACAUUCAUAUUUAUAUACAACAUAAAUUAAUAAUAUGAAAUUUAAAAAAAAAAUAAUAAUAUGGCUGAAUACAAACCCCAGCAAACAAUGCGGCAGUGCCUUUUGACUACAAGCAAAUAAAAAAAAUUAAUAUAUGUACUUAUGUAAUAGAAUAAAAAAUAUAUGUUAGAGUUUGUGGUAAAAAAUAAUCAUCGAAACAAAAACAUGAAAAAUAAAAGAAAGAAAAAACAAAGCCAAUAUUUAAACAGAAAGUAUGACAACUAAAGAUACAAUAUGUAGGGUCGUCAAAUCGGAAAUAAAACAUUUUAAUAGUCCCUCAACAGCGAUAAAAACGUACCUCUCGGCAAUAUAUAUCCCCAAUGCCAACCUACGUUGUCCUGUCACAGACGAAUGGCAGCCGAAGUUACGUUCAAUUGCACAAAUAGGUCGUAUCUGUAGUAUACGGUGGUUUCCAUGUAGUCUAUUGAAAUCAAUGUUAAUUUUAAUGAAUUAAUUGAUAUUGUAAUUUAUUUAUAAUUUUAUGUAUGCAAUGGUAAAUAAAAUACAAGCAUCUGCUUAAGUGCCAUCACA